AUUCGUUCGUCCGGUUUUAUUUUGGCUUGAAAAAUACCAAAUUCGAGGCGAAGAACUCUCUCCUACUCUGUCUCAUCUCGUUCUCUCUCACACACAGAUACACACAGUACCCCAUUGAUAUCGCCUUCUCUCUAUAUUUCCACACUUCUCUCACUUUGCGGAGCUUCGUAACAUCCGACACAUGUGUAGUCAUAGGGAAAGGGGAAAAUUAGGGUUAGGGUUUUGAAGAGAUUUCGCCAUGGAGGUCGAAGAAGAAAAUAACUCAAAGCACCUUCAAGAAUCGACAACAACCGUAUCAAAUGAAAGUUUGUUAGAAAAUAAUAGCAUGAAUGAUACAGAAUUAGAAAUAAAGGUACCAGAAUCGAACACUCAAGAAGAGCAAGGAGAAAAAUCGUCUGUUUUAUCCCCUAAAUUGGACGAUCCAAAUCCUUUUGACGCGGUUGCAGUGGGGGAAACAGCGGAGGAGAAGGGGGUUAUUGUUGAAUGCGAGAACUCCGAGCAAACGGGUGGAUGUUGGAACUCGGUGGUGGUCGAGCCUACGAGUUUGUUGAAAGACGAGAAGAACGGAGCCGAGGGUGCUGCAAAUGAUGGAAUUUCUACCUCUGAUGUUGCUGCUACGGAGCGUGGUGGUAGCGAGUUAACAAAUUCGACCAAAGUUGACGUUGGAGAGUGUGAGGCAGCUGUAAUUGUGCGAGAUAAUGGUUUAGAUUCAGUCGAAGAAAAUGCCAAUAACAGCGAGGAGGUUACCAAUACAAAUGGUUCGUUCGUGAUUGAGAAUGAUAAAGACGGAAGCGACGACAAAAUGGAGACUGUGAAAGUGGAGGAAGCUGGCGAGACGAUGAAAGAGGGCGGGGGAGUGGAUGUUCCGCUGGUGCCAGUUGCUGAAAUUGAUGAAAGAGAGGAAGUGAUGGCGGAUGUUAAGAGUGAUGGUGACGAAAUUGUUCUAGGAGAUGAAGCAAUCACAGAGAGUCAGGUUGAUGUCCAAGAAGCGGAUGCAGAAGUUGUUGCAGAUGAAGAGGAAGGUCUUGAGGAAGGAAACACGACAGACGACGAGAACGCUGCUGGUGCUGCAGAAAACGAGGAUGAAGAACCAACGUUGACAGAUGAGGAGAAAUCAUUAGAUACAGAAUUGGAGACCGAUGAAGAAGCAACCAUGGCUGAUGAAGAGAAAGUCCCAACGGAGGAGAUGGAAACGGAAUUGACAGAGUCGGUUGUUAAGCGUGGCAGAAGGAAACGGAAAAGAGGAGGAAAGAACUCAAAAGCUACCCCCAAGUCUACAGUUGGGCGUAAGAAGAUAAUUGACGAAGAUGUUUGCUUCAUUUGCUUUGAUGGCGGAGACCUUGUCCUAUGCGAUAUAAGGACUUGCCCUAAAGCUUAUCAUCCUUCUUGUGUAAACCGAGAAGCUGCUUUCUUCCAAACUAAGGGUCGAUGGAAUUGUGGUUGGCACCUGUGUAGUACCUGUGAGAAGAAGGCUGAAUACAUGUGCUAUACAUGCACCUUUUCCUUGUGCAAAUCAUGUAUCAAAACCAAUGUUAUAUUAUGUCUCAAAGAGAAAGAGAAGAAAGGUUUUUGUGAGACUUGCAUGAAAACCAUCAUGCUAAUCGAAAAAAACUCUCAGGAAAAUCAAAAUCAGGUGGAUGUAGAUUUUGAUGACAAGAACAGCUGGGAAUAUCUAUUUAAAGAUUAUUGGAUAGACAUGAAAUCCAAACUCAAUCUUUCAUUACCCGACCUUCUUGAGGCCAAGAAUGCUUGGAAAGGAUUCGAUCCAGCUGGCAAGAAAGACCUGCCAGCUGUACACUCUGAAGGUGGUUCAGGCUCAGAAAACCCUUCCCCUUCCCCUUCCCCUUCCCCUUCCCUACAAACAAAAAAGAAGAGAAUAAGAAAGCCUAAAAAGCUCAAAGAAGAUCUGAAAAACACCGAGUGGGCAUCAAAAGAGCUUCUAGAAUUCGUGGCCCACAUGACAGGUGGCGACACGUCAUUUCAAACACAGUUUGAUGUCCAAGCUCUCUUGCUGGAAUACAUUAAAACAAACAAACUUCGCGAUUCGCGUCGCAAAAGUUAUAUAAUUUGUGAUGCAAGACUCGAAAGACUUUUUGGAAAACCACGAGUAGGACAUUUUGAGAUGUUGAAGCUUCUAGAAUCCCAUUUUCUUAUCAAAGAAGAUUCUCAGAUAGAUGAUGUACAACUACAAGGGGACACUGUUGAUACUGAUGUUGUCCAGGUGGACAAUGAUGAUGAAGGUAAUGAGAAUGUGAAAAGCGGGAAAGAUAAUAAAAAACGUAAAAUUCGCAAGAAAGUUGACCGAGAACCUCAGUCAAACCGUGAGGAUUAUGCUGCGAUUGAUACACACAAUAUAAGUUUAAUUUACAUGAGAAGGAAGUUGGUGGAGGAUUUACUUAAAGAUAAUGAAACAUUUCAUAAAAAAGUUUUUGGGACGUUUGUUAGAAUAAGGAUUCCUGGUGCUCAUAAUAAGAGUGACAUAUAUAGACUGGUUCAAGUUACAGGGACUAUCAAAACAGAGGAAUAUUCAGUUGGCAAACAGAAGACUGAUUCCAUGCUUGAAAUAUUGAAUCUUGACAAAACGGAAUCUGUAUCCAUUGAUACCAUUUCAAAUCAAGAAUUCACAGAGGAUGAAUGCAAGCGUCUAAGGCAAAGUAUAAAGUGUGGAUUGAUAAAUAGGCUGAAAGUGGGAGACAUUCUGGAUAAAGCCAUGGAACUUCAAGCUGCAAGAGUUGAUGAUUGGCUUGAAUUGGAGGUUUUGCGCCUUAGUCAUCUUCGUGAUCGAGCAAGUGAUUUAGGGCGUAAAAAGGAAUAUCCUUUUUUUUUUUUUCUUAAAUAUUUACUGUUUCAUAUUACCACCAUUUUCCCUUUCAUUUUUAUGUUAGUCAUGAUGAAUUUAAUGGAGGUUUGUGUGAUCCUUGACUUAUAUAUAUCCACGCUGAGAGAAUGUGUAGAAAAACUACAAAUUUUGAAGACACCUGAAGAACGUGCUCGUAGGCUAGAAGAUUUACCUGUAAUACAUGAUGAUCCUACUAUGGAUCCAAAACAUGUGUCUGAAGAUGACACAGAUGAAGAUGACAAGAAACAAGAUACAUACAAAAGCUCUGUGGGCCCCAGAUUUAAUAAUAACCGGAGACGAGACUACCCCUCAAAAGAACCUUGGAGUAGUACAAGAGGUCCUGCUAAAAAUUACGAAUUUGCCCGUUUCUCGAACAAAACCGAACCACAUAAUGAAAAUUUACGCGAUCAAGGACGGGACCCAAUCGUAUUAAAGAAAAACGAAGAUUCACCUUCACCUUCACCUUCAAGUUCAAGAAAAGAUGUUAUUCCCGAAACUACCCCUGAAGUAAAUGAAACAGAGAAAAUGUGGCAUUACAAGGAUCCAUCUGGGAAAAUUCAAGGCCCGUUUUCGAUGGUACAGUUGCGUAAAUGGAACAAUAGUAAGUUUUUUCCUGUUGAUUUGAAAAUAUGGAGAAAGAGUGAGAAGGAAGAUGAUGGUGUUCUUUUAACCGAUGCAUUAGAGGGACGAUUUACAAUUACAAUUAAAAUUACGCCCCCCGUUAAGUGGGGCCCGAAACAUGAUGAGAGAGAUGGUUUUGGUUUGGGUAGCCUUCCCUCUCCUACUCCUACUCCAAACCAAAGUAAGAGUAUGGCUAGUUCUUCGUAUCAUGGUGGCAACGAAGGGCUGCAGUCACCUACACCGAGUGCUAGUGGUCCCCGGAUGGUGGCAUUUGGUGGUGGUAAUAAUAUGCCGCCGCCAGUUGCUCAACCGGUUACCACCACCGAUCAAAGUCUUUCUGGUGGACCUUAUGGUUGGAGUGGCGGUGCACCUCAUAAUCCACAACCGAGCCCCCAGUGGGGUGGUGGUGGUGGUGUACCGAAUAUGGUUCAGAAUCCUGCCGGAAACUUUCUGCCGCCGCCACCACCAGCACCACCAAAUGUAAGUUGGCAACCUCCUCCAGGAAAUCAAAACAUGAAUUGGGGAGCUAAUGUUCAAGGUCCACAAUUAACAGUGAAUUCCCCAUGGGGUUUGCAACUGCAAGCAGGUGGUGGUUGGGUUGGUCCACUACCACCAACACCAACACCAGCACCGGGUCAAGGGUGGGUUCCUGGGAAUGGAAUUGGAAACCUUAAUUGGGUUCCUGGUGAGGCGAACCAGGGAGCAUCAUCGAAUAUGAUGAGCACUGGAUGGGUUGGUGGACCCAGUGAGAUAGGGUGGGGUCCACAGGCGAACCUGGGGUGGGGUUCCCCAACACCUAGGAAUCGAGGAGGUAUGUGGGACAGAAAUGAACAAAACUACAACAGAAGUGGGUUUUCAGGACAAAAGAGGAAUAGAGGUGGUGGUUAUACAAGGCACUAAAAGAGACAAACCUCAAAACCCCGGGGGGGUGUUGGUGUGAUCGUAACAUUUGUUUUGUACAGCAUUUGUAGUGUGUCGUGAGUAGAUGAAAGAUGGAUGUUUGUGUUUUAGGCUAUAUCAUAGUGUUACUUAUCAUCUCUCUUUCGUCAAAGAUAGAAAACAUGUGCAGCGUAGGUUUUUAUGUGCUUUUAAGAUUUAACAUAAUAUCAUAACCGACUAGACUUGUCUGUCUUGUCUUGUAGCAUUGCAGGUUUUUAGUUAUUGUUUAUGCUGAAUAAACGUGC